AUGAGUGGCAACAGCAGCUUAGAACUGGAUGGCGACGACGGAGAGUUGGCAGACAUGGUGGCUGCCAUCAACGUGUCCUCCAACCGCAUGACGCCGCCCAACGGCCACCGUGUGGCGCCAGGAAAGAGGCACCGGCUCACCAUGUCGGACAGGAAGCUCUCCCUCCAGGAGCGGAGCACCUACCAGACCGGCGGGAGGAUGGCACGCAGGCCCACCAUCGAGUCCAAACGCGUGUCCAUCUCAGAUGGGGAGGACUGUGUACAACUCAACCAGUACAAGUUGAAAGAUGAGAUUGGAAAGGGUUCCUAUGGUGUUGUUAAGCUGGCCUACAAUCAAGAUGAUGAACAAUAUUAUGCAAUGAAAGUGGUUUCCAAAAAGAAGUUGUUGAAGCAGUAUGGAUUUCCUCGGCGUCCUCCACCACGAGGGCCACAUGAGAAGGAGUCGAAGAUUUUUGCACCGCUGGACCGACUCUAUCAGGAAAUCGCCAUCCUGAAGAAAUUAGAUCACCUGAACAUCGUCAAAUUAGUAGAGGUACUUGAUGAUCCGGAUGAAGACAAUCUGCACAUGGCUUUUGAGUUAGUAAAGCAAGGCCCAGUGAUGGAGGUUCCCACAGACACCCCUUUCAUCGAGGAGCAGUGUCGUUACUACCUCAGAGACAUUGUCCUCGGAAUUGAAUAUUUGCACUACCAGAAGAUCAUCCACAGAGACAUCAAGCCCUCAAACCUGCUCCUUGGGGAUGACGGUCACAUCAAAAUAGCCGACUUUGGCGUUAGCAACCAGUUUGAGGGGAAUGACGCCCUCCUGUCCAGCACGGCAGGAACCCCGGCCUUUAUGGCGCCAGAGACUCUCAUUGACCACGAGGAGAGCUUCAGCGGCAAGGCUUUGGAUGUGUGGGCAAUGGGUGUGACACUGUACUGUUUCGCCUUUGGAAAGUGCCCUUUCAUCGACGAGUACAUCCUCUCGCUGCACAGCAAGAUCAAGAGCAGCCCUGUGGAGUUUCCUGACACGGUUAUCAUCAGUGAAGGUUUGCAAGAUCUUAUCCUUUGCAUGUUGGACAAAAAUCCUGAAACAAGAAUCGCCAUUCCAGAGAUCAAGGUGCACCCGUGGGUGACGCUCUGCGGCACGGACCCCCUGCCUCUGGAGGAGGAGCACUGCACUGUGAUAGAGGUCACUGAGGAGGAGGUGCAGAACUCCGUCAAGCUCAUCCCCAGCCUCUCCACUGUGAUUCUGGUGAAGUCUAUGCUGAGGAAGCGUUCCUUUAGCAACCCUUUCGACUUUCCAAGCGGGAGACAGAACCGAUCAAUGUCCGCCCCAGGACAUCUGCUGUCGUAA